CUUUCAUUGCCAAGGGAGGGGCUGGUUCCAGCUUAUCAGAGCGGCACAGGCGCGCACAGGUGGGCGUGUGCGAGACAAAGCGCGUCCCCUUCCACCUGAGCGAGCAUGCAUGCGCAGACCCUCCAGGAUUCCCAUCUCUCUCUAUCUCCUUCUCUAUCUUUACCCUAAAAUUAGAUCAUUUUGAACCGGACUUCUGCGCAGGAGCUUGUGCGCCGCUGGACGCGUUCUCUCCGGUCUCUGCUUGUUGGUGUCUUUUGACCUCUCAACAGCCUGCGAAACUCCAAAGGCUAUGACCCGUCUUCAUCAUCGUCACUUUGGCCCUCGCCAUGGUCGCCCAUCAGCCCAUCGGUGACCCAUCACCCCGCAGUAAAACCUGCCUCCUUCCCUCUCAGCUGGCGUCCAAUCAUCAGCAGUGAUGCAUGUGACGGGCAGCGUUUCCCCGGCCAGCGAGACCGAACGUUUCUCUUUCCAAGAUGGAGCUGUAGGCUUCGCCAUGCCUAUGUCUCCUCCUUCUCCUCCUCGCUCUCCUUCGAGGUUAUCUGACCACGAAGGCGACCAAACCAGUUCUCCUGACCCUCCUUUGCCUCCCCCUCCUCCCCCUCCUCCACCUCUUCUUCCUCCUCCUCCUCCUCCACCGCCUCCCAUGCUUCCAGGGCUAGAAGACCCUGGAGUAGGCCUGAGGAAAAAGAAGAGGGUCAGGAGUUUCAACUGGAAAACGAUUUCAGAGGAUCAGGUGAAGGGACGGCCCAACCUGUGGACUCAGGGCCGAGGGCGGAAGCAGUUCCACAUCGACAUUCAGACCAUCGAGGAGCUGUUUGGUCAGAACGACGAAUCAAAGAUUAUGGGCACCAGGGGAGGCUCGGCCAGGAGCUCGUUCAGAGAAGCCAAAGGGGAGGUCUCCAUUCUAGACUCCAAGCGGGCGAUGAACGUUGGAAUCUUUCUCAAACAGUUCAAAAGGUCCAAUCAGACGAUAGCGGAUGACAUUCGCCGUGGCAACAGUGAGCAGUUUGGGGCGGAGCUCCUCCGGGAGCUGUUGAAGCUGCUGCCGGAGACAGAGGAGGUGAAGAAACUGACGGCGUACCGAGGCGACGUCUCGAAGCUCCCACUGGCCGAUUCCUUCAUGCACCUGCUGAUUCAGCUACCCAGUUACCCAAUCCGCAUCGAGUCCAUGCUGCUGAAGGAGGAGUUUCCUGUAGUGUACGAGGCCAUGAAGCGAGACAUUAAGAUCCUCCGCUGCGCCACCAAAGAGUUAAUGUGUUGUGAGGAGCUCCAUGCAGUUCUCCACCUAGUGCUGCAGGCUGGAAACAUCCUCAACGCUGGAGGCUAUGCAGGAAAUGCAGCAGGCUUCAAGUCGUCGUCACUCCUGUCUCUGGCCGACACCAAGGCCAACAGACCAGGCAUGAACCUGCUGCACUUUGUCGCUCUGGAAGCUCAGAAAAAAGAUGAGAAGCUGCUGGAGUUUCCUCUGAAACUGAUCCAAGUCCAGCUGCGCCAGUCGGCUGAUCAACUCUGUCAUUGUGCACUUAUACACAGACUUCUACUGAAUCAAACCCAUGAACCUCGUGUGCGUUUUGUCGUCCCUCAGCUUGCCACGUCGUCUCUGUGUUGGUUGCGCGACAGCCGGCAGCAGCUGGAGAAGGAAGGCGAUGAGCUGAUGGACUUCUUCUGUGAGGACAGAGAGACGUUCAGGCUGGACGACUGCUUCGGCGUCUUCCACACCUUCUGCUUAAAGUUCACCAAUGCUGUCAAGGAGAACAGGGAGAGGGAAGCAAAGGAGGAAGCUCGGCGUAGGCGAAUGCAAGAGCUGGAGGAGCAGAAGAGACACUCCUGGGCUGGAGGCGAGCAGGUGAGCGGAGCCGUCGGGUGGCGCUGCAGCAGCGAGAGCGACAUGUCAGCGCAGUGUCCGCACCUUUUCUGUCACCGAGACGAUAUGGUGAUCGCAGAUUUGGAUCAAGAGGUGGUGAACACAUUCGAAGUCCAGAAGGUGAAGAACGACUCUCAAAACUCUGACGCACAAAUUCUUGAGACAAAUUCCUCCUCACUGCAACGAGAGGAGAAAGACCGUCCUCCCUUUAUCCCUAGAGUGGCGCCUGCAGAACCAAACACCAACGUCACCUCAGAUCCCUCUGAAGGAGAUAAAGAACUGGCCAAUCAAGAGGCAGCAGCACAGAGCUCCACCAAUAAGAAAAACAACAAGGUGACUGAACCAGAACAAUCAACAUCUUCUAGUCACUCAGCUUCCUCCAAACUUUCCACUAAGAAACUCCCUACCUCUAAACCUCGACCUGCUGGGGUUAAAUCUUCAAGCCCGAACAACUCCUCUACAGCAGGCAGGUCCAAGCCCGUCCGCACCCUCACCAACUCUGAGAACCAGGGAAUGAGGCGAGUUGUGCCCAUUUCCAGGACCAGCCGAGGUACUCCAUCCUUAGCCAAGCGUCCUGAGAACCGGGGCUCCUCCAGCACCACAGUGCCAGCAUGUCCACGUCUCCAACUAACACACUAUCCCAGCGCCUUUUACCAGAACUGGCUCCCUAAAGCGCAGAGGAACGACAGCGGCAGCAUCUCUGACAAAUCCACUCAUUCUAGGGACUCGGUCAAGGCCCCCAGGCCAACCUGGAGAUAACAGGAAACGGUGUUUGCUGCAGCUGAAGGGAAGUAAAAGGACACACUCCAAUAUGAAUUUGACUCUUGUACAUGUAUGCAGAAAGAAAUAAUUCCCAACCAAAAAACUACAUUGAAGAAAGUUACAUUCCAAUAUGAGACACAGACAUUAUUAUUUGAGUUUGUGAGGCUUCAUCCCAAUAUCAAUAAUUUGUCUCCUUUGCAUUUCAAUCUUGUUGGUGAUAUUAUAAUUAAUAACAAUUAGAAGCACUAUGUCACGUU